CAAAACAAAGAUACAUUGAGGGUGUAGCAAAUGCUGCAUGUAGUCCUCAUCUCUACUCCUUACAAAUAAAGAUUAAACCUACCUAUAGAUCUACUGUGCUUAAGUAUAAUCUUGAAGUGGUGUAAAACAAAGGCGGAUUCUCAAAAACUCCAUAAAACUUUGUCAAUUUAAUUGCAUACAGUCUUUCUAAAUGUAUCUGUUUGGGGUGUAUGUUUUAAAUCUAUUUUCUUAAUACAGGAAAUUGUUGUUUUAAAGUAUAGUUGAUGCCAUCGUUAGUUUAAAAGGUUUUCAAUGAAUUAUUUAUCAGGUCUGAUUAAACUGGUUUAAUAAUUCAUUAUAAUGUUUUGCACAAAGACAUGUUCUCUUUAUCACAAUCUGUAAUAAAAUUCGUUACGGUGUAAAAUUACACGAGUGUGAAUUAUAUAAUUUGUUAUCGUUACUCCGCUUUCAUAUCCCCAGAUAUUUAGUUGAUGUUCAAAUUACAUUGUAUCUUUUAAAAAUGCUAAUUAGAUAUAAUGAGUUUACCAAUUAUUUCAAAGAAUAAUAUGCUUAAUACGUAAUUAACCCUUGUACAGAGAUGAAGAGUUCUGGUAAUCCUAUCUUCCCAUUGAAAUACACAUCAAUUAAACAUCAAUAUAAUUAAUUGAUGCAUGUCAAAAUAUCGACAUAGCUUUUUCAUACUCGAUAAUGAUAUUGAAAGUAUAUUCCACCGCGUUCAUUAAAAACAUUCGCUGGUGUGGUCAAAAUGGUUUAAAUUAUCUCGCAACCCUCAUUUCUAAAGGCACCAAGAAUGUUGAAGAAUGAAAGAAUUCUAAUAUUAGUCAUUUUGAUGCUCCGACAUAUUCUUGGACAAAGUGACGCCUGUACUGUGGGGCAGAUUAAGGGACGAUGCGAUUGUAACAAGUAUGAUAUCUGUCACGGCGGGAUGUGGCAGGAGGAAAACGUACCAAACAAUGAAAAGUUUGCCACCAUUUGUAGUAACUGUACAGAAGAAGAUACUAGAAACGGAUGUGCCAAAUCCCAGAGAGAGGUCAUGUGUGAAAGGAUCUCAUUAUCAGCUAGCAGUAGUACCCCACUUUCUCCAAGUCUGACAGAUUCCAGGUCAUUAGAAAUCCAUUCAACUGAUUCCAUCCAAUCAAUGCAUGUACAUGUAUCAACGGAUUCCAUCCAAUCAACACAUGUACAUGUAUCAACGGAUUCCAUCCAAUCAACGCAUGUACAUGUAUCAACGGAUUCCAUCCAAUCAACGCAUGUAUCGACCGAUUCCAUCGAAUCAACUCCAGUAUCAACGGAUUCAACCAAAUCUGCUACAGAGGAGCAGAUGUGUCCAUGUGAUUGCGAGUUUAUGGACCGAAUUGCAUUCUGGGAAAGUACUGGUACUCAGCCUGAGAUCGAAGAAGAAAUUCUUGUUUCCAAAAUCAACGAAAUGAAGAAAGAGCUACAGGUCAACACUUCGGAAUUAACGUCGACGAAAAUGAAAAAGAUCAGCGCCCCCGACAGUCGUACAUCCGCCUCUGUCGCUGGUUAUGUCGGUAUCGUCUUCAUCGUCGUCGUACUGGGGUCUAUUGUUAUAUUAGACUUCCCCACCCUGGUCAUCCAAAUCAAAGGACUCUGGGAAAGAAUUAGACAACGUUAAAAAUUGGUUAUGAUGUAUAAACUAUUAUUACAAGAUCCCAUCUAGAAUCUUUGAAGUUUUUAAAGCGAUUCCAAGUCAGUAAAAACAAAGAAUGGACAAAUCAAUGUCGCGUUGAAAAAGUGUCUUGUCUACAAUUCAAACAGGGGAAUCAAAUCACUUUUUGUAUAUUAUUGUUUUCUUAUUUCAUAGUACAUGUAUAGCUAAAAGCAGCGCUUGUUUAAUCUAUUAUCAAUUCACUUUCGGUUUUACUUGUUUGUGUGUCUGUUUGUUUUUAGGAAAGAAUUGUGUGUAUAUUUGAAAUAUUCCAAUUUUGUAUGAAUUUAGCAAUUGUAG